CAAACACGGCAGGUUCGUUAUUACAAUGAAAAAUGCCCCCACCCCCGAACUUGAAAGUAUUUGUAUUGCAAAGCUUUCCAAAUGAAACAUUCGGCCUCUUGCAUGUAUCAGCAUCACAGAUUUCCGAUCGUGAAUAGCAAAAAUUUGUAUUGCAAAAGAUCCCAGCAAGAGCGGUGCUUCUCAUGUAAGCGAUGCGAACCACGACUAGAAUCUGCAUCAGAAAGCUUCAUACUCCUUUCAUGCAUGACAAAAAGUUUUCAUUUGGAAACUUCGCAUCACAAUUUUUUGCAACUUUGGGGUGGGAGGCCCUUUUCACUGUAAUAUUCGUUUGCAGAAGAAGGGGAUCGAGCGGCGGGACCUGGUGGAGUUCUUGCGGCGCGUCGCCCCCCCGGUGCCUUUACUCCCCCCUCUCCUGUGCUGCGCUGCAUGGAUUUGGGAGAAAAAAUACCGUGGUCACCCUCUUCUUCACCGGAGCUCUUGUUUUCAGCAUCUCCGCCGGGUCGUACUGAGGGGGCUCCGAAAGAAGUACAACGGCCAGCCCACUUCGAGAGGAAAAUGAAGUCACCGACUUCUUCUCCUGAGAGUCACCCGAAAGAACACCGACCAGAGCCAAACUUCGAGAAGCGGCCAGAGCCAGACUUUGAGAGGACGCGAAAAAGCAGAAGUUCCAGCCCUAGCAGAAGCCGAAGAUCAAGUAUGAGAGUGCACAACUCGACGUCCCCCUCCCCUCAUUUGUAUGGCAUGAGCACGAGCAGCAAAAAUACAGACACCAGGAGCUCCAAUGGAGCGUUGGCUUUCAUGUUGGCAUCAAGUUGAUUCGCCUAUAACAUAGCAUUGUGUCGUGGUCUCCUUCUUCCGAGAUUAUUCGUCAUGCAAAAAUAAACCGUGUCACACUUCUCACAACGCGACGAUAGGAUUUUGGAUUUUGCAUUACAAGUGAGGGGGACGACGGGGAGUUGUUGCGCACGGUCAUAUCAAAAAAAAGCAGCAACCGAGUAUACGGCCCUCCUGACCAUCAAGAGCUUCUUGAGAAACUGCAACACCUGGCCGUGACGCAAGAUAGUGUCAACAUCAAGGAAAGCGAAAGAAAAACUACACCUACAGCUAAC